UCAUGUGACUCGCGGGGGCGGGGCUGCGCCGGCCGCUUCCCAGCCUGGCUGAAAGGGCUCGCGUAGCCGGCCCUGUCGGCCCUUAAAGCGGUCAGUGGGCGGCCUGGCCCCAGCUCCCUUUCCGAGCCGCGCAAAGGGAGCUGCUCCUGGCUCUCGUCCGCCCCCCAGGUUUGCUUUCCUUCCCUUCCUGAAGGUGGGCCCCGAGGUCCACCGCCGCGGAGGCUGCGGCCGCCGGGAAGCCCAGAGCCGAGUGUCCGGAGACUAACCGGAAGUGCGGUCCCAGGCGGAGGGGCGGUGCCGGCGGCUGCCGGGAGCUGGUUGGGAAGGACCUGAUGGCCGCCAGCAGCAGGUGCCUCUUGGAGGAGAAACAAAAUGUAAGCAAAUGUGGGAAGAGGAGAGGGCAGAAUUGCGUGCUGUGAAUACUUAUGGACCAGAGACCUUUUGAAGCCAGAAGGAACACUGUCUCGAGUCUUUGUUGUUACGAAGGCCGGCUGCCGAGAGAGACCGGACUCGCGGGGCGAGGAAGCCAGGCGCUCUCCCAGCUAGCUCCCAGGGUUGAAAAUACCAAGUAAGGAAUUAGUGUAUAGGAUGCUGGAAACUUGUAGUGACGAACUGCUCAUGACUGAAAGGCCUAGAACAGAUGUAUCUUUCAAGUUCUUACCAAGAAAACAGCUAUGAAGAAAAUGAUGGGUCAAGAAGACCAGUGGAAAACUCCCUAGGAGAGAGCCAUAGAAAAUGUGCGCUUCGGAAGAGAGAUAUAAUCAGAGAACUCAGAAAAGGAAAAUAUAUCAUGUAUGCCCUCAGAAGGGUAAAAAGAUUUUUAUUCAUGUGCAUGAGAUUACGCAAAUAGAUGAUCAGCUAUACCAGUGCCUUGAACGUGAGCAAAACUUGUGUGAACGCUUAGCUCUUAUUAUGUGUGAGAGAUCCCACACUGGGGAGAAACCUUACAGAUGUGAUAUGUGUGAGAAAACCUUCGUCCAAAGCUCAGAGCUGCUUUCACACCAGAGGGUCCACAAUUACGAGAAACCUUAUAAAUGCAGCAAAUGCGAGAAGAGCUUCUGGCAUCACUUAGCCCUUUCGGGACACCAGAGGACACACGCAGGUAAGAAAUUCUAUACCUGUGACAUCUGUGGCAAGAAUUUCGGCCAGAGCUCCGACCUGCUUGUCCACCAGCGAAGCCAUACAGGCGAGAAGCCGUAUCUGUGUAGCGAGUGUGAUAAAUGCUUCAGUCGAAGCACGAACCUCAUAAGGCACCGAAGAACUCACACGGGUGAGAAGCCGUUUAAGUGUCUGGAGUGUGAAAAGGCUUUUAGUGGGAAGUCAGACCUCAUCAGCCACCAGAGAACUCAUACUGGCGAAAGGCCCUAUAAAUGCAACAAGUGUGAGAAGAGUUACCGACACCGUUCAGCCUUCAUUGUUCAUAAAAGGGUUCACACUGGGGAGAAGCCCUAUAAGUGUGGCGCCUGUGAGAAGUGCUUUGGCCAGAAAUCAGACCUUAUUGUACAUCAGAGAGUCCACACGGGCGAGAAGCCCUAUAAGUGCUUGGAGUGCAUGAGAAGCUUUACGCGGAGCGCUAACCUGAUCAGGCAUCAGGCGACUCACACUCACACUUUCAAAUGUCUCGAGUACGAGAAAAGCUUCAGCUGUGGCUCAGACCUUAUUGUGCAUCAGAGAAUCCACAUGGACGAGAAACCGCCCCAGUGGUCUGCAUGUGAGGGUGGCUUCCUCCUAGGCAUGGACUUCGUGGCCCAGCAGAAAAUGCGAACUCAGACCGAAGAGCUGCGUUAUAAGUACAGCGUGUGCGAUAAAAGCUUCCACCAGAGCCCAGCCCUUCUGCAACAUCAGACAAUCCACAUCGGUGAAAAACCGUAUAUCUGUAAUAUGGGUGACAAGGGACUUGAGCUCAGCCCUCCCCAUGCAUCCGAAGCCUCACAGAUGUCUUGAUCAGACAAGGAGUUACAAUCCCAUAGAAGGUGUAUGUACGUGUCCGAGAACUCAUAAGAUAAAGGACUCUAGGCGAAUCUCAGACUUUCCUCGGAGCUCAGACUUCCGUGGGGACCAGAGAAUGCAACUGUGGGAAGUUGAGAAAUGGUUUGCCCAGAGAGCUACCCUAGCAGGACACUUUUAUCGGUCACUCGAGUGAGAAACCUUACAAAUGCCCUGAGUUUUGGAAAACCCGUAGUCCAAGCUCACAGCUGAUCACCCACGAGGGGAUUCGUACAGGUGGGAGACCUUGCAAAUGCAGUGAGUGUGAGAGAACUUUCUAGCGGUGCCCGCCCCCCCUCAUCCCACGAGAAUUCACACCAGAGGACUUUCUAAAUGCCCUCCGUGUCAACAGAGCUUCAGACAGUACGCACAUCGCAUCGGAUGUCAGAAAGCCCGCAGUGGGGAGAAACCCCAGCGAGUGUGUAAAAAGCUUCUAACAGAACUGUGACUUUUUUUACUCUUCAGAGAAGCCAUACUGGUGAAAGUGUGUCUAUUUGUCUUGAAUGUGGCAAAUCCAUUCACUGGGAGAGCCUCCUUGGGUUUGCACCAAAGAAACCCAAUCUGAGGAAGGACCUUACAGAGUCUCUGAAUGAGAAAAACUUCUGUCAGUGAUCCGCUCUUGUGGUAUCCCGGGGCACUCACACAAGUGAAAAAGCCCCUGAAAAAAGCCUUGUCAGAAACUCUCCUACCUUACCGGGUCCCAAAGAACGUACUCUGCAGAGAACUUUUUGCCAGUGAGAGAUCGAAUUGUGUGGACUGUGUACAUAUAAUAGGUAUGAAGAGAACUGUUCUCAUAGUUAGUUGACCCGUAUGGUAGAGAUGACUUUUAAUGGAGUCAGUAUGUAAACAGUUUUUAGAUCCCCAGGAGCUCGUUCUGGGAGGAGUGAGGGCAGAUCGCGGUAGGCCUCAUGGGUAACUCAGGUAAAGAUGCUUUUCUUUUAUCUGAACCACUUAAUGAUUACUUUCGCUUUUUACAAUUUGGAAAUCCAAUAAAGGAAAGGACCGUAACCUUGUGAUAGAAGGUGUGACAUGUGUUACUGUUGGGGGAAAGGAUUGUAUUGACUUUGCCUCUGUCCCUUUUUCAUUCUUGACCAGAAUGGGGACUAGCGUGUCGAUAGUAGCCUGGGAACCGUUUGCUAGUAGUGAAAAGAACUGAACGGCCAGGGAGUAGUGACCCUAGAUCGAAACUGUCCCCCCAGGUUCCUCCUUCGGAGGGCCAACCUCAUAAAGAGGCAGAAUAGUCAGCUUGUGUAUUUUAGUGUGAGUUAAGGCAUCCCCUCAAAAGUUUUCUUUCCCUGAAAUACCUUUGAGAUGAUCGCUGGUUUUCGAAAUCUCCGCUUUAGAGACUGAUUUCUUUCCAACUCAGAAGUGCAAAUUUCAGCAGAACUGUCAUGAGGUUGCUAGCGUGCACGUUGUUGGGACCUUAUCACGUCUCUUUCAGUGAUGAGACCCGCUCUUCAGAUCCUCGCAGGCCGAUUAAGGGAAACCAAAAGAAAGGUUUAAGCCUGAGCAGGCACAGGAAAGAACACAUAACGAUGCAUUAUUAAUGGAGGAGCUAAACUUCUUGAUUCCGAUUAUCCCGACUCCAAAGCUGGUGUUCUUUUCACUCUGUUACCCUGCUGUUGAUAGCAAAUCAAGCCCCAUAAUGACACGCUUUUCGUUUAUUUCAGUUCUGCCAAGAAAAGAGAAUACUUUUUAUUCCCAGGGAAAGGAUUGCAGUCACCACAACACAAGGUAUCUGUUUGGCUCGGAAUGUAGGAUUCUAAAUGCUAGAAGGGAAAAGUAGUUGGCAAAUUCAUCAGAGGUUUAAGGAUGAGCACGUAUCUGCAAUUUACCAGGAUAAUUAUGAUUAUCUUUAACAUUCUCUAGAAAUACUAUAAUUAAUCCAGGGAUUAUUAACGGACAAUUCUGAGGGGUUUUUUCCUUCUGUCAGAUUAAAAGACAUUUAAUAUAAAUCCUUAAGAUUCCUCCAGUAUUUGGGACUAUAGACUGGUGAGUCAGUAUGUUGUUGCUAGUCUGGGUUCUCUGGUUUAUUUUAACAAAUCCCUGAACUCCAGAGAGUGUUGGCAUUCGGACUCAUGGGUGGCCAGUGGCUACCUUGUGUGUGGCUCUAAGCUUUGAUCCUAAUGACUGGUUGAUGAUCUUGAUCAUCUUAGGGUCAGUGGAUAGAGCAUAUAGUGAUAAUAAGGAAUCUGAUUCUAGGGGAUUUUUUGUUUGUGUUUUCGUUUUUGCUUUUUUGUUUUUUUGUGUUUGAAAACAAUUGCUGGAAGUUUAUUCGAUCUGAUGUGUUUUAGUAAUUUUCAUACACAGUUCUUACACCAUGAAAAGUGGCCCAGUGUGACAAAACACGCAAGAUGUAUUUGUUUCUCUUCGGUGCGAAUCAUGCCUGUCACUAGUAUAUGUUUGACAGUUGUAAUACUUAAAAUAGUAUCGGGCGUAUGGCCUGGUGGUGAUGACAGUUAGUCCGUAUGGCUACUUGUUAGUCAUUAGAACUUGGAGAAGGGGACAGAGUUUGUAUCGUCGCCAGGGCAGUGACUCGCCCCUUCUUUCAACUAAUCUUACCGGUAAUUGUCUCUCGUCUUUAAGUAAAUUAAGGAUGGACCAUCCCUCAAAAGGAGAACAUUAGGGGUAUGAGACAGGUCUGAGGGUGAGGGCUUUUAACUGUGGGGGAAAAGGUGUUGGUGUUGUUCAUAGAGCAUAACCUGAGGUUGGAGAGGACCACUUGGGAGCCUGUAACCAAAACUAGAAGGUAACUUCUGGGAUGGAUGGAGGUUCUCUUGAGACAGUGCCAACCUAAAUCUACCUCAGGUAAGUAGUUAGAGUACCUUUCAAGAUUUCAGACCAAACGAGACACUUGUAUUCAGUCAAUGUAUUCCUAUGCUUUAAUGUUUUUGUUUUCCCUUAAUUCUUAAAUAAAGUUUUAUUCUGAAAAACUCUA